CAGGGGCUAUUCUGAUGCUAACCUCUGCACAGCUGUGAUAGACAAAUACUAAUUUUACUGCUUUCCUUCCUUGUGAAAUUUUGCAUCAAACAAACUUUCUCCUGAACUAGCUGAAUUGCUGGAAAAGCAAUAACAAACAACUGAGUGAAACACAUGACAAGACUUCAGUCAGUUCGUAAGCGUCAGGUAUUGUGAUGAUCUGGGGCCUGUGUUUGCUUUGUGUGGCUGGAGCAGUCCAUGCAGCUCCGCUCGCCAAGACCAGCAAGAUGGAAGAGAAGGCUGCGCCAAAGGAAAAAGUCAAUGUGCUCAUGUUUGGUGUCAUACAGUUCAGCGAAUCCCUUAACUAUGUUUAUGAAACCACUGAGGCAAAGAUAGCGAAAAUCAGCCAGACUCUGAGGAACCAUGAGGGGAGUCUCCAAAAGCUGGGAGAGCAGACUGAGCAGGCUGCUGAGGUGGAGAAACAGAUGAAAGAAGUGAUACAGUUGCUACAGGACCAGAUGGCAAAGCAACAAGCUCAGACCAAGACGACUAAAGACUGGUUGGCCAGUGUGGAGCAGGAAGAGGUGGAGCUGGAGACAAAAGUGAGAAGGUUGGAGAUGUAUCUCAACAACUCCUCACCCAGCAGCAUCAAAGAGCUGCAGGAGAGAGCAGAGGAGAAUUUAACCAUCUUGAGAGGUUUAUGGUAUUUUACCCAGUUUCAAAAGGAGAACAUUGAUACUCAGAAUGAGCAGCUCUCCAAACUGCAGAAGAUGAGUGAAGCUAUAAGAUAGUUGUUCUAAGAUUCAGCACUGAGGUCUCCCAGUCUAUACAGCUUUGAAUGAGACGGGUCCACCUACAUCUCAACUCUGAAACGUCACCGCACUCCCUUCCAACCCUGAUAUGUAUACUACAGAUCUACUGUAUAGCCAGAAAAUAUUUUCUGCUAGCACCCUUAUGAUUAUGUCCUUGUUUUUGUGGCUGUCAUCUACAUUUAGCUACAUGUCAGUUAUAUAAUAAUGUAAUAAUCAGUUUGUGUUGAAACUGUUUUAAAGAGGUGUUGAUUCAACUUUACUGUUAUGUUGUGGGCUGCAGUUUGUGGUUGAAUGGUAUUGUGUUAUAUUGACAGGUGUUUAUCUUACUUUGUCUACCUGAUUUUAACAAUUGAAGGUGGGCUAAAUAACAGAGACACCUCUCUGUAUAAUGCAAUACAGUUCAACAACACCACAAACUACAUCCUCCAAAAUGAUCACACAGCUGAGUCAACACCAAAAACUGAAUAAAAAGUGAACAUUAUAACUUUUCUGAAGCUAGGAUUUACUGCAGGAUUGUUGUAUUUGACGGCAUUAGUUACAGGUGCCUAAUGAACUUAGUGUAUUUCUUAUGUAAUGUUUCUUGUCUUGACUUGAUGUACUUUGUAAACUUUGUUUUUAAAAAGAGCCAUUCAAAUAAAGUUAUUAAAUUAUUAGAA